AUGGAUGAUUAUGGAAGGUGUCAGGACCCGACAUUGUUUGAAGUUGAUGAUGAUGUGUAUGUUAUCUCUGCCAAAGGAAGUGGUCAGAUGUUCUCCACAAAAAGGUGCUCACUUCGCUUCAGAACAAAAGCAAAUCAACACCUUUGCGUAGAGUUUAAACAUUUCCAGAUUGAUGACUGUUCUGUACAUUUCAAUUUAUUCCAAGAAAAAUGGCCUGUAAAUCUUCAUAUGGAACCAGAUGACGUCUACUUGUAUCGAGGGUACAGUUGUGGAGAUGCUCCAGAAACUGUGUGCAGUACAGCCACGAACUUGACCCUUCAACUUUACAAAAGAAUCAUCCACGUACAAGAAUACAGCUUUUCUGUUGAACUUUCAUCAAAAUCAGAUCACGAUGAGCGCUGGGUAAUAGUGGGAGUGAUAUCAGGGCUUCUGCUUACUGUCAUACUUGUCAUCGUUGUCUGUCGCUGCCGUAAGAAAAACAGGCAAAUUUGCGAGGCAUUCCGAAGAAGACAGAAUGAGGACAAUUUACAUGAUACCAGUUUUAUUUAAUAUCAUCAGCAUAC